AUGCUUCGUCCUGCUUUACAGGAUUUGCGUUUUUUGGUUGGAGACCUGUUUGAAGCUGAGCUGAAUAAUCGAUUGCGCUCCCUCAUCCCAAACCAAGCUGUGAGAAACCUCAUCUCCCAUGUGAUCCGAACUCUGAAAAUGGACUGCACUGAGCCCAGGGUGCAGUUGGCCUGUGCGAAGCUCAUCUCUAAGACAGGCCUGCUCAUGAAACUGUUCAGCGAGAGAGAAGAUAUCAAAGGAACCUCCUCUCUGUGGCGAACGUACCUCUGGGGAAACGGGAACGCGCCCAAUGAGAGCACCCACCAGAGGAAAGCCAGCAAGAAAGAUUCAGAGGAGUUAUCCCCGGAGCCUCCCCAAUACAGCUACGGCAACAAGCUGCUGCUGGCGAUAUCGGCGACGGUGGUAAUAAUGAUUAUUAUUGCAGUGAUUUGUCUCAUCGAG